AUGAGAUAUACUGUAUUAGUAUUAUUUAUUUGUUUAUUGAAUAUCUCAAUAUUAAAAGCUGAUGAUGAUGAUAUGGAUGAAGAUAUUGCAAUUGAAGAUCCGUCAAGUGCACCAUCAUCUGCAAAUAUUGAGAAAGGCAGUGUACCAACAAUAAAAUCUUCAUCAUCAAAUAUUUAUUUUGAAGAACAAUUUCAAGAUAAAUCAAAAUGGUCACGUUGGGUUAAAUCACAAGCAAAAAAAGAUGAUGUAGAUGAAAUUCUAGCUAAAUAUGAUGGUGAAUGGGGUAUUGAAAUUCCUCAUACAUCAGUUUAUAAUGAUGAUAAUGCAUUAAUUUUAAAGUCAAAAGCAAGACAUCAUGCUAUUAGUGCCAGUUUAUUUAAACCAUUUGAUUUUCAAACUAGUCCACUUGUUGUUCAAUAUGAAGUCAAAUAUCAAACAAAUCAAGAAUGUGGUGGUGCUUACGUUAAAUUACUUUCCAAUGAUGGAAAACAUCUUGACUUGAAACAAGUAACAGACAAAACACCAUAUACAAUUAUGUUUGGCCCAGAUAUGUGCGGUGUUGAUCAUAAAUAUCAUUUUAUAAUUCGUUAUAAAAAUCCUCGAACAGGUGCUUAUAGUGAACACCAAGCAAAAAAAACAACCGAACCAUUAGAUACUUAUUUCACAGAUAAAAAGUCGCAUUUAUAUACACUUGUUUUAUCGGCUGACAAUAGUUUCAAAAUGUAUAUUGAUAAUAAAUUAGUUAAUUCCGGUAGUUUAUUAGAAGAUAUGGAACCAUCAAUAAUACCAUCAAAAGAAAUUAUUGAUGAAAGUGAUCGUAAACCAGAUGAUUGGGAUGAUCGAGAAAAAAUUCCUGAUGUAAAUUCGAAAAAACCCGAUGAUUGGGAUGAAACUGAACCAAAAGAAAUUGAAGAUGAAUCAGCAACUAUUCCAUAUGGUUGGCUUGAAACUGAAUCUGUAACAAUUCCAGAUCCAGAUGCAGUUCGACCAGCCGAUUGGGAUGAUGAAAUUGAUGGUACAUGGGAAGCACCACGUAUUGAUAAUCCACUCUGUAAAGAUGCUCCUGGUUGUGGUGAAUGGAAAUCACCAAUGAUUCCUAAUCCAGCUUAUAAAGGCAUUUGGCGAGCACCAUUAGUCGAUAAUCCAAAUUAUCGUGGUAAAUGGGAACCACGUAGAAUUCCAAAUCCUGAUUAUUUCGAAGAAAAUCAUCCAUUUAAAUUAACACCCAUUGGUAGUGUUGCACUUGAACUUUGGUCAAUGGUUGAUGGUAUUGUAUUUGAUAAUUUUAUUAUAACAUCUGAUCAAGCAUUAGCUAAACAAUAUGGUGAUCAAAUUUGGUACCCUAAAUCAGUUCUUGAAGGCAAAGCCAUUUCUGCAGCAUCGGACAGUGUUGUUGAUGCUGUCCUACGAGCAACAAGAGAACGUCCAUGGUUAUGGGCUGUCUUUUUAGUUGCAAUUUUAUUACCAUUGAUUAUUCUUUUUGUAUUUUGUUGGGGUAAAAAAUCACCAAAAAAAUCUGUCAGUGGACAAAAAAAGAAAACUGAUGAGGCUGAACAAGAUUCUAAUGAACAACAAGUAUUAACAAGAAAUAAUAAUGAUGAUGAGGAUGAAACAGAAGAAGCAGAAGAAAUUGAUGAACAACAAAUAAAACGUAGGGUUACAACCCCAACUGGUAAAGAUGCUUUAGAAAAUGACAAUGAAGGACAAGCAGAAGAAGAAGAUGCCAAUGUUGUCGAAACGAAUGAAGAUGACAACAAUAAAAAUUCUUCACCAUCGGGUAAAACACGACGACGUUUACGAAAAGAAUAA